CGCCACCAGCCAUACUCCCUGCCUUCUUCCUCGCUGCUCACGGCAGCAGCAGCCAGCGCAGGGAACUUCCUCCCUCCUCCACGCAGGAUGGCCGAGCCCCUGCUCUAGCCGAGCUCCCACCCAUGGCGCCCCUCUCCCUUCUUCCCCCUACUUGGAGCUUCCCAUGGCGCCCCCUGCUCUCUCCUUUUCCUUGGCAGCCGAGUCCAGCCAUGGCCGAGUUCCCUGGGAGCACGCCGACGCCCUACUCUCCUCCAUGGUCGGCGCUCGAGCUCCACUCCUCCCCAUGGCGCCACCCCCUGCAGUUUCCCCUCUGCCUUGGCGCCCUCCCUGCUCCAUUUCUUUUUUCCCCCUGCGUGCAGGGAGCACUAUGGCCGGCGCCCAGCAACAGCAACCGGGUCUUCUUCCUCCCCUGCUGUCCACGGCGCGCAGCAAACAGGGAGCUCAGCUCCAUUUCCCCUCACGGCAGGACACAGCAGCAGCUUGCCCCGCCUCUCCUCGCAGACGCAGCCCUCUCCCAUGGCGCGCUGCAGCAGAUGCCAUGGAGCAUUCCCUCCAUGCCUUGCGACUCGGUUUCCUUCCUGCGUGUGUGUUGCUGCGCCUGCACCGUUGAUGCUUGCUGGGUGCUCGGCAAAAUGUGCAGCAGCCCCGACGUCGCCGCGCGGCUCGCUGCUUUGUGCUGCGCAGCGAACAACACGCCAGGAUGCCCAUCAGGAGAGGAAUCCCGUGUUUUGCGUGGAGAAGAAGGCAAGCCGCUCGACGCUCGUCGAUGUUCGGAGCGAUGCACAAGUCGGAAUCGCCAUCGUCCUUACAAACACCGAUUGGGUUUGUUUAUGGACCGAGGGACGAUGAUCGAGCCAGUGAUGUGGUGCCAACCACAAGAUGCAGUUGGUGGACGACCUAAAGAAUGGUGGACUUACCCAGUGGAUGCUCGCCAAGCGAGUACCCACCCCAGCAAACACUAUCUAAGUGUUAAA